AUGUCCGAAGUAUCCUCCCUGUGGUGGACCGACGAGAGAAUAGAAGCAACCCUCUGCCGCCAAUACGUAUUUUCCCAAUUACAGCCCGAACAUCAAACGCAACUUUUCGAACCUUUACCAUGGGGCGAAGGCCUGACAAGUGAAACAUAUCUCGAAUGGAUCCUUACAAAGGCCGGCAAGCUUUUCCUCAUCCUGAACGAGCUCGGUAUCCCGCAGCGCAUCUUUAACUUGGCGGACGAUUUUGUAGAUGACUCGGAUCUCCCGUUUGCCGAGUCUCGGGUUUCUGAUUUACCCUUGGUUAGGCAGGAUGAUCAGUCGAUUUCGAAUUCAGCUGCGGCGGCGCUACAUAAUAAAUUCUUCCUUGUGCAAUGGCGAUACCUUGUCCGUGGUAUUAAGGAAGGCGAACAUGUACGAUAUACCGAGAACGAAGGCGUGCCCGUCGAAGUCGUAAAGACGGGAUUGGUGAAUUCGAAUAAUAAUAAAGACGGGGUAGAGAAAGUGGUUCUCUCCGGAGCGACGUGUCGUGUCUUUCUUCGUACGCAGGUGCGCAUCAAUGUUGCGCCGUACUUUUCCGAGGAAGAUGAGGUGCUCGAAGAGAUUCGCUCGUUGAGACAACUUGCGCAUGAACAUGUUCUGUCAAUCUACGGCUCGUAUACGGUGGAUAACAGCAUCAAUGUCCUUUUCAACGGUGUCUAUGAGCGGUCGUUGAUGAGUUUCCUGUCCGAUACGCCGCAGAAUUUUAAACGUCUUCCAAAGCCGGAUCGACGCGAGAUUCUGGUCAAUUGGCCUCAUUGUCUGGCAAGUGGGUUAGCAUGGCUUCAUGCAAAUGGUCACCCGCAUGGAUCGAUUCGACCGUCCAAUGUUUUGGUUGAUAGUGACUAUCGCAUUUUCCUCGGUCAUUUCGAGGGGCUGGAUACGCUGCUGGACUCGCCGAAGAUAAACGACAUUGAAGCGUAUCAAUACGCUGCUCCGGAACGUUGGAUUCGUACAACAGCUAUCCAGGAAACAAAUGCCGCGAGAAACGCCUUUCACUCGGGUGGCCGGACAACUCGUAUCCCUUCAUCGUCCUCUUCGACAUCCGGAUCAUCAUCCUCCGCAUCUUCAAGGGGCACCGCUUUCACACCUCGAUCAAGCUGGAUGACAGCCGGAUCUUCGCAGUCGAGCGAAUCCAAGGGGACAGUGAUUAGAGUCGGAUCGAGAAACUCAUUAGCCUCUUCGUCGUCGUCCUCUGCAUCAGGAGGCUCGGGUGGUAGUCACGGCAAAUCUGCACAUAAACUCUUCCGCACAAAACCUAUUCUUUACACACCACCAAUACACUCUUCGAAUUUGGCAUGUGAUUCUCGGACACGACCGGUGACAGCGCCUGAGAACGCAGCCAGUAUCCCCUUUGUUCCACACAAUACAGCCCUAGUGCGAACCUGGCAAUCCCAACAGGUGGACGCGCAACUAUCAGAUAUCUUUUCCCUAGGCGCCGUCAUCACCGAUAUAUUCACCUUUCUCUGCGAACGCAAAAUCUCAUCCUUUGCAAGCCACCGAAGCGCCAAAAACCGUACCCCCGGACGCGGCGGCGGUGUCGCAGAUGCCUCAUUCCAUCUCAUCACCAACCUACCUCAAGUCUCCUCCUGGCUUACACUACUAACUCAGGACUCUAAAAAGCGAAAGGGACUUGCAUUUAGGGCUGUAGAGCCCAUGUUGAAUGUAGUCCGGGACAUGAUUGCGCGUAUUCCUGACCGACGACCGUCUGCAGAAGAGGUGGAAGCUGGGUUUGCGCACGCCAUUCGACAGUUGGACGGGAUUAUUGUUGCACAUUGUAAACAGAGUCCUGCUGCUGCUACCACAUCCAGAAAACCGACCACACCGUCCGCGCCGGUGGAUAUGCCGUUACCGCCGUCACCGGAUUUGCAUCGAAGGGAGUAUGAGAGUGUUCUUGGAGGAUCGAAGCCUAGAAGACAAGUAAUCAUCAAUUAUGGUGUUGAAGAUGAUGAUUAUCCCGAUCCGUCCUUACGAACCAAAGAAAAGGACCAGCAACGACGAGGUUUACCUCGUUUAGAUCUAGGCUAUGAAUUCGAUUUUGGUUUCCCUGCCAGACCACGAGAUCAAAGCCCUUCUACUCCCACAAGCUACUCAUCGACCUCAACGCCGCCCCCUUCAUCCGGAAACUCAUAUUCAUCAUUCCACCAUCAACAUCAACAAGACCACAUCCUCAAACCGCGUCAAUACCAACACCAGCAGAGACAACAACAGAACACCAAACAAAACAAGGAGAAAUACGAACACAAAGACAGAGAUGGUAGAACCAUAGACGAAACAAUCCUCCAUCUCCGCAAAGCGCUCGAAGAAAAAUUAAGUCACGAUAGUACUGACGAUGAUGAUAUUGAUGACGAAGAACGGAAACGGAGAAGGGAGAAGAGGAGGUAUUAUGAUGAUUUGGCUAUGAGUUUGAAUGGGAGUAAUCUGAAUUUACCUAGUUAUGAAGCGUGACUUUCUUUUCAUUUGUUUUUGGUUGUUGAUGAAUCAAUGUGUUGGAUUGGAUUAUUGCAUUCGGGCUAUUCUUUGCUCGUUUCUUAUGUAUGACUAUUAUAUUGGGUUGUUUACUUAUACCAUAGGAUAAUCGUACUCUUAUUUUUCACUU